GAGUGGUCCCGAGUACAAUAACAGGGACUUCAAAUGUCUACCCCAGUCGUUGCAGAUAAGAUAAAACAACGGAUAAACCUCGAAGUUACUUAGUUUACAGGAUCGUCUCCCGCGCCAAGCUCAAGUCAUCGUCCUCCCUCAUCCGACUGGCGAACAGAGAACCUUCAACCUGCCGAUGUUUGUUCCCGUGGCCUCCACGGCAAUCCAGCCUGCCUAGUCGGGCCCAACCUGGCCGGACGACAGGUCAAAUCGAGGUCUUCACCUCACGGGUGUUACUUUCACUGGAACUUGUCUGCCUCUCUUGUGUUACCCUGCUAGCCAUGGACUCCAGAAAACCUAAAAUAAGCUGCAAAAGACCGCUAUUCCUCCCAGGAACCAGUUAGAACCCAUGCGGACAUAUCUGGCACCCGCUGAUUGAUCCUGCAUACUCACCGCUUGAUGAGUGGCGUGCAGAUGGAUGGCCGCGGCUCAGUCUGGGGUAACUUUGAUUGCUGGCAUGCGAGUCAAAUAAUGCAGGUUCAAAUUCCCCGACGAACUUCCUUCCUCAGGAGGAGUCAGGCAGUCUUGCUGCCAGCACGACAUGCAGUCCUACCUGGAUACUCUACUCUGUACAUGCAACAGCACGGAAACAUGUUUCCAGCAGUGCCAAUUAAAGUUACGGGUCCGCGGCUCUCUGCAUAUUUCUACCAAUUGACAAGUGUUUCGGUUCACUGUGUGCCCGAUGACUGCCUGGCUCAGACUGUGAUCAAGCAUAAAAAGCAGUCUGCAUGCGCACAGAGGUGUAACAAUACUGGACAGAUGAUGCGGCUACCCCUCCUGACCGACAGGAGUCGGUUGAACGUUCAAUCAAAGCCCGUGGGUUUAGCAUGCGCUGUCGUCCGGCUUAUUCUCGUAGUGUUGUCGUAGGAUCGGUCAUAUGCUGUACAAC